GCGAGAAAUGACUUGACAAAGAUCCGAAACGAAUACGAUAGAGUAGACGACUCUGUAGACGAUCUGUCCCUGAUGUAGCUGCCUCCCUCGUCUCCACACUGGUUCAAUCCAAACGUUGCACUAUCAACAACAAUGGAGGGUCUGAUUAUAGUUUGCAAUUCGACCCCUCUAUCAGCAACACCUUUCGAACGAGAAACCCCUUUUGAAUUUUCAUCAAAACCCCUCAAACCCAAGAUUUCUUUCAACAAAACCCAUGACCCAGUAGUCUCCAUAAAACUCGAUUCAAGAGUCACAGACGCACAUUUGAACUACCUCUGCAAAAAUGGACGCCUGGAAGAAGCCAUAGCUGCUCUUGACUCCAUUGCCCAACGCGGGUCCAAGGUAAGACCCCACACCUUCGCUCGUUUGAUACAGUCUUGCAUUGAUGCAAAUUCAAUCCAUCUAGGCCGUAAAUUGCAUAAGCAUAUUGGUUUGUUAAGCGAGAUUGACCCAUUUACUGAGACUAAAUUGGUUAGUAUGUAUGCUAAAUGUGGGUCUUUGGACGAUGCCCGUAUGGUGUUUGAUGGAAUGCGCCAAAGAAAUUUGUACACAUGGUCGGCCAUGAUUGGUGCGUGUUCAAGAGAGCGAAGGUGGAGGGAAGUGAUUGGCCUUUUCUUUUCAAUGAUGGAAGAUGGUUUCGUUCCUGAUGAUUUUCUAUUUCCAAAGAUUUUGCAGGCUUGUGGGAAUUGUGGGGAUGUCGAGACAGGGAAGUUGAUACAUUCGAUAGUGAUUCGAUCCGGGUUGAGCUGUGAAAAUCGUGUUAGCAAUUCGAUUUUGGCAGUGUAUGCCAAAUGUGGGAGGUUGACUUCGGCGAGGAGGUUUUUCGAGAAAAUGGAGGGGAAGGAUAAGGUGUCUUGGAAUUCAAUUAUAAGUGGGUAUUGUUUGAAGGGUGAGAUUGAAGAGGCGCGUCAAGUUUUUUAUUUGAUGCGCAAAGAUGGGAUUGAACCAAGUUUGGUAACUUGGAACAUAUUGAUGACCAGUUAUAAUCAGUUGGGGAACUGUGAGCUCGCAAUGGAAGUGAUAAAGGAAAUGAAGAGUUUUGGGAUCACUCCUGAUGUUAUCACUUGGACUUCAAUGAUUGCAGGGUUGGCUCAAAAUAACAGGACAACUCAGGCACUGGAACUUUUUACAGAGAUGCUUUUGGCUGGGGUCGAACCAAAUGGGAUUACACUUACAACUGCAAUCUCAGCAUGUGCACCUCUUAAAGCUCUACGAGAGGGGAUGGAAUUCCACUCUGUUGCAGUUAAGAUGGGAUAUGCUGAAGAUGUACUAGUUGGAAAUUCACUCAUUGACAUGUAUUCCAAGUGUGGGAAACUUGAAGCUGCUCAGGAAGUCUUUGAUACGAUCUUAGAGAAAGAUGUCUACACUUGGAAUUCAAUGAUUGGAGGCUACUGCCAAGCUGGAUACUGUGGGAAAGCCCAUGAUCUAUUCAUGAACAUGCAGGGAUCGAAUGUGGCACCUAAUGUAAUCACGUGGAAUGUGAUGAUCAUGGGAUAUAUGCUAAGUGGAGCUGAGGAUCAAGCCAUGGAUCUUUUUGACAGGAUGGAGAAAGAUGGGAACAUUAAGCGAGAUGCUGCAUCAUGGAACUCUCUUAUCGCCGGAUACUUGCAAAAUGGGCAAAAAAAUAAGGCAUUGGAGAUAUUUCGAAAGAUGCAGUCACUCUUUGUUAGACCAAAUUCAGUUACCAUUUUGAGCCUCUUACCUGCUUGUGAGAAUUUAGUGGCUGCGAAGAAGGUGAAAGAGAUUCAUGGUUGUGUGUUGCGCAGAAAUUUGGAGUCUGAUUUGUCUGUUGCAAACUCUCUAAUAGAUUCUUACGCCAAGUCUGGGAAUAUAAUACAUUCAAGAAACAUAUUUGACAGAAUGUCAACCAAAGAUAUCAUCACCUGGAACACACUGAUUGCUGGUUUUGUUUUGCAUGGUUGUUCACGUGCUGCACUUGACCUAUUUGACCAGAUGAAAAAGGCGGGAUUCAAACCAAACAGAGGUACCUUUGUGUCUAUUAUCUCUGCAUGGGGUCUUGCUGGAAUGGUUGAUGAGGGGAAACGAGUUUUCUCUAGCAUGAUUGAAGACUAUUAUGUUUUGCCGUGUAUGGAACAUUGUCUGGCUAUGGUAAAUCUAUUAGGUCGUUCAGGUAGGCUUGAGGAAGCAAUUGAGUUUGUUGAAAAUAUGCCCAUAGAGCCUGACUUCUCUGUUUGGUCUGCCUUACUAACUGCUGGUAGGUUUCAUGGGAAUAGUAGAUUGGCAGUCUAUGCUGGGGAAAGAUUACUUCAAUUAAAACCAGGGAAUGCCUCCAUUCAGCGGUUUGUCUUACAGACAUAUGCGUUAUGUGGGAUCUCUGAGGAUUCUUUAAAUUUGAGAAUGCCUGGUAAGGGGAAUGAGACUAAAGAAUCUACAGGGUGGAGCUGGAUUGAAGUUAAAAACAUGGUACAUGAUUUUGUUGCAGGUGAUCAGUCUAAACCAAAUUCGGGAAUUCUAUAUUCUUGGAUUAGAAGCAUAGCAGGACAAAUCUGGGGACCUGAUCCUCAUGAUGGGCUUUGCAUUGAGGAAGAAGAGAAGGAAGAGAUUUGUGGGGUCCAUAGUGAAAAACUUGCUAUUGCUUUUGCCCUUAUUGGCUCACCUCAAGCAUCUCAAAGUAUACGGAUUGUGAAAAACCUUAAAAUAUGUGGAGACUGCCAUAGAAUGGCCAAAUUUAUCUCCAAGAUAUAUAGGUGUGAAAUAUAUUUGAGUGACUCUGCGUGCUUGCACCAUUUUAAAGGUGGGCACUGCUCAUGCAGGGAUUACUGGUAGAUGAGGAACACGAGAGUCGUCAGAACUUGUUCAUAGAUUGGUUCUAGAAGAGUAUAUAGUGUCUGGUGUGAGAUGGACUGACAUUCUGUCAAAGCUAACAUGGAUCCUGCUACAAGGGGUGAUGAAUAUAGCUGUGAUUGGCGCACUUUGCUUUCUCUUGUAUAAAAUUUGAUUUAAUUUAUUUGAAACUUUUGUGUAAUAUUCUUCUUCUAUCAAAAUCUUCCAAACUGCUAGGAUUUCUGGUGUUUGAAAUAUCUAUUCAAUUAUGUAUAUCAUAUCAUGAUCCAUUCUUACCUUUCCAAAACAUAUGUACCCAUCCGCACAUUCAUGAUCAAAUUAUUUUGUACUUCAAUACAUAACUGCAUUGUUUGGGGCAUUUGGUUCUGUAAA